UUGUAUGUACGCGUUGGUUUGGGAGACUAGCUCCUCUUCCUCGUCUUGUCGGAUUACAGCUGAAUCCUCGGAAGUUUUACUCAGACGAAUCAGCCGAUCCAUUAGAAACCGGUCUGGCAAAUCCAGAGCUGAAUCAUCCAUCUAACCAGCUGAAGAAAAUGGAGGAUUCAGAAAGACCAUCAUCAUCACCAUCGCUCAUUGAUCCUAAAAAGGGUUUCUGUAAAGCAAACUCGACAUUUUACAGUAAACGCAGUCCAUUACCACUGCCGGCAGACACGUCGCUUGACGUCACAACAUUCAUGUCCUCUCAACCUCACCGUGGCACCACCGCCUUCAUCGACGCCUCCACAGGCCAUCGCAUUAGCUUCUCCGAUUUCUGGAGAUCCGUUGAUCGUGUCGCCGACUGUCUCCACCACGACAUUGGCAUAAGGAGAGGCGACGUCGUACUCAUCCUCUCCCCGAACUCCAUCUCCAUCCCCGUCGUAAGCCUCGCCGUCAUGUCCCUAGGAGCCGUGAUAACCACCGCGAAUCCUCUCAACACCGCCGGUGAGAUCUCCAGACAGAUUGCAGACAGCAAGCCAAAGCUGGCCUUUGCAACUCCCGAGCUAGCUCCCAAACUCGCAGCCUCAGCCGAUAUCUCCGUUGUCCUCACGGAAGACGACGAGGAAGAGAUCGUGGGAUCAACUCGCGGAGUCAGGGUCGUUGGGGUUUUAAGCGAGAUGAUGGAAAAGGAACAGAGUGGGCAGCGAGUCAGAGACCGAGUUAACCAAGACGACACGGCAAUGCUGCUCUACUCGUCGGGAACCACAGGAAGAAGCAAAGGAGUGGAUUCUUCUCAGGGGAACUUAAUCGCGCACAUAGCGAGGUACAUCUCUGAGCCAUUGGCGCCACCAAAUCAGACCUUCCUCUGCACCGUUCCGAUGUUCCACACCUACGGUUUACUGAUCUACGCCAUGGCCACCGUAGCAUUAGGUUCGACGGUGGUAAUUCUCCGGAAGUUUGGUCUCCACGAUAUGUUGGCAGCAAUAGAGAAAUACAGAGUCAGGACUCUGGUUUUGGCGCCGCCAGUUUUGGUAGCUAUGAUCAACGGCUCAGAUCUGAUAAAGGCUAAGUACGAUUUGACCUCCCUGAAAACGGUUAGAUCCGGUGGAGCACCGUUGAGCAAAGAGGUCACAGAGAGUUUUUUAGAGAAGUAUCCAACGGUUGAUGUUUUUCAAGCGUAUGCGUUAACGGAAUCAAACAGCGCAGGAGCUUCCAUGGAUACGGUGGAGGAGAGUCAGAGAUACGGUGCGGUGGGUAAGUUGUCUUCCGGCGUUGAAGCAAGGAUCGUGGAUCCGGAUACAGGUCGAAUGUUGAGUGAGAACGAAACGGGCGAGCUUUGGCUCAAAAGUCCCGCCAUUGCAAAAGGUUAUUUUAGAAACGAAGAAGCAACAAACGAAGCAUUUAGCUCACAGGGGUGGCUUAAAACUGGAGAUCUCUGCUACAUCGACGAUGAUGGGUUUCUUUUUAUAGUGGAUCGAUUGAAAGAGCUAAUCAAAUACAAAGCUUACCAGGUCCCUCCAGCUGAAUUAGAAGCUUUGCUGCUCACUCAUCAUGAGAUCAAAGAUGUUGCAGUAAUCCCGUUUCCGGACAAAGUAGUAGGGGAAUUUCCGAUGGCGUGCGUUGUAAGGAAACCUGGAAGCUUCAUAACAGAGAAGACGAUAAUGGAGUUUGUAGCGAAACAAGUAGCACCUUACAAGAAGAUACGAAAGGUGAAGUUUAUGUCUUCUAUUCCAAAGAAUCCUUCAGGUAAUAUUCUACGUAAGGAUCUCAUAAAGCUCGUGAUCCCUUCCAACUUCAAGCUUUGAAAUUGUUACAAGACUUAAAAAAAUAGAGAAAUCCAAAAUCUUAAUAUGUAAUAAAAAUGUUGGGUAAAUAAAUCUGUCACCUUCGUGGUAAUUCGAGGGUUCUUUUUUCUUUUCCAUUUUUUUUCUGGCAGUGUCACGUUUUCCAUU